UUGGAUGCAUUCAAAGCGGUGCCAGAGUCGGAUGACACCGCCGGGGAUGCAAUUGGUCCGACAGAAAAGAUGUCAAUUGCUGGUGAAUCAUCCCCAAUUGAUGACACAGAAGAUGUGCUUAGAAAAAGAAGUGCUUCUCCCAGUGAAGCUUCAUGGGUUCAACCAUCAAAGGUUUGUAUGAUCUUGAUUCUGAAUUUAUGUAAUCACAUUUUUUUAGAAGUUUUGUACCGAUGCUGUGAAUGUUGAUGAAUGGGUCAAUACAACAUCUGAUGCUACACUUCCUGAUGUUACACUUAUGUAUAGAGAAAAUCAUGGUAUAUUGAUACAAAUGGGGUAAGAUUGCAUUAUUAAAGAAAUAAAUAAACAACUAUUGAGAAAUAUAAUUUUUUAGUUUCGAAUUAGAAGAAAUCGAUCUCGCUCUCCGAUUAGCCAAUAACGAAUUGGAAAAAUCUGUUCAGUAUUUAACAAGAGAAUUAGCGGGUUUAGACAAUUCCAAAGCAUCAUCAUCAACUUCUGCACCAGUCCCACAAUGUGACAAUAAUCGUUCACUUUUCAAUGCUUUGGUUCCGGAAGCAAUGGUAAAUCAAAUUUAUGUUGAAAGUGAUGAAGGAGAAGAAAAUGAUAAUGAUAUUGUAUGGAAUUUGGAAGAUGUCAAACGUGUUCGUGCAUUGCUCGAAAAAUACAAACGUUACAUUUUCUAUCGCAAAAAUGGUUCAUUGUCAAGAUGUCUUACAGCAGCUCGAAAUAUUUUGAUACAAAAAGCUGAAGGAUGGUCAGAGUGUGUCAAUUUUGUCGAUGAAAUUUUGUAUUUUGUGAUAACUCGUCACGUAAAUCCAACAGAAUUUGUUUUUAUCGGCGAUCAAGAACUUGGACUUAUCGAAGAACUAUAUCAUGCUGUUAUUCCUGUUCUUUGUCUUCGAUUGAAAUAUUCACCGAUUAAUGUCAAGAUUUGUCUGAUUGUUGAUGAAAUGUUCAACUGUCGCAACAAAUUUUUCACAGCUUCAUCUGCGUUAAUGAAUAAUGAACGUAUUUUCCAUCCACCAAAUUGGUGUGAUCUUUCUUUGAUUGAUAAAUUGGAAAACAAGGAAUUGUAUGCGGUAAGUUGUUUAUUUUUUUAUCACAAUCUUUUGAAUUUGUUUUUAUAGGAAUUAAUCGACGAAUUUGUUCAAACAAUAAUUCCAUGCGUUGAUAAUCGAUUGGAGCUUUCACCCGAUGAUACUUUCACUUUUCAAGAUUUAUUAUUUCUUCUUCGCUCACUCAAUACAGUUACUGGUUUCAUAGAAAAAGCAAAUAUAGGCUUUCUAGAUAAAGUUGAAUAUUGGGUUACACAAGCAUUGAGAAGAAUUGGAACUGUAACAGAUAAAGAAAUAAGAGAUUCAACUGUUCGACGACAAGGAAUGGAAAUUUUGAGUGAAGUUGUUAUCAUGUGCGAGAGAUUUCAAUUUGAUGUAUUUGCACAUACACAAGAAGCUCGAAUGGAAUUUUUGAAAAGAUGGAUUAAAUGCCCACAAAUCGAAUGCCAAUUAUCUGCUUAUGAUGAAUUGGGAAGACUUGCAAGUCAAGUUACGCGAACUCGUCCAAGAGUUCAUGUUUCGGAAAGUUAUUUGAAAAGAUGGCUGAACGACAAUAAAGUAUUGCAAGUUCUUUUGACUGGAAAUAUGGAUUCUCCUGUUUAUGUUGAAAAGAUAACACCUCUUCUACAAUUUAUGACUCCAGAAAUGACUUUUGAAGAUCUCAGUGAGUUUUUUUUCUUCUUUAAAUUUUAUUUACAUUUAUUGAUACAUUUUUUAUUCAGAAUUUGUUUGGUCAUUGCGAAAAGGUAGAAUGGGUGUCAGUUUUGAGAAUUUCAACAAAAUCAUGAAUUUAUUCGUGAAAUCUUUGAAUAGUGAUCAAAUUGAAUGGCUUAUUGAACUUUUCAAAAAAAGUUUUCGGACAAGAGAAUCUCGAAUGUUUGAAUCAAUUUAUAAUUUCUGCCAUUUUCUUGCAAUACAACAGGAUCGAAAUGAUGAAAUCAAAUUGAGAGUAAGUCGAAGUGAAAUCUGAGAAUAGCCUCCCGUUGUCACUUCAAAUUCACACAAGUCAUACGAUAUGGUAACUUUUUUCAUAGUUAGAAAUGUUGGUGAAAACAUAAAAUUGGGCUGACACGUAGAAACAAAGAAAUGAUAUUGGCGUGAUCAUAAUUAUUUUGAGUCCUCAUUUCUAUUUAUUAUGGACUUAGUAUACAGUGAAGGCAUAUUCUGAAAGUCACCCAAAAAGCAGAUAUUUCAUUUUUAUAAUUUUCAGAUGUGCAACACAAUUUGGGAACUGAUUGCAAUAAGUCGUGGUCCUCCAUUGAGUUGUCCAACAAAAUCAAUCGAACUUGGAAUCAGAAAACAUUGCGAUUUAUUGAAUUCAAUGAGUGAAAAACAUGAAAGAGAUACAUUUGUAAUGAAUAUUAUUGAAAGAAUGCAAUAUGAUGAUGGUUUUAACGAAAUCAAUGUGGUUUAUUUGAAUAUUAUGCUUGAGAAAUUGAAACGAAUUUAUGUUCCAAAGAGAACCAUUGGUAUGAUACUCAAAAAUGAAAAUAUAUUUCGAGAAAUUCAUUUAUUUCAGAUCGAACCGAAGAAUUAACAUUGAAAGCAAGCAGACUACGCGAAAACCUCAGAAAUAUGCGUCUUUUCGAUAAUUUAUUCGAUAGACUCGAAAAUGUUCGAAGAAUUGCUCAUGAAGCAUUUGAUUCUUCUUUAUUGAAUCAAUUGAUUGCUCAAGGAAAUGAUUCAAUGUCAAAUGCUGUCUUUGAAUGUUAGUUGUCUAUUUUUAAUUGGAAAAUAAUAUUAUGUUUUUUUUUUAUUUUCAGCCACAAGUGAUCCAUUUGGAAUCAAUAUUGACAAUAUAUUAACAGUUCCAAUUUAUGGAUGUUCUGAUUAUGGAUUUAUUAUGCAAAAUACGCUCAAAUUGAUGUGUUGGUUGAGUGAUAAUUACGUAAGUCCCUAUUUCAAAUCUCUUUCAAGGAUCUUGCCAUAAUUAUUGUAUUUUUUAGGCCACUGAAAUUUCGAUUGAUUUCAUCGAAAGAUUAUUUGAAGUAUUCAUUAAUCCGACAGAUGCAACAGAAAAUGAAAAAACUGAGAUUUUCAAUUGGCUGACUGAAUUGAAAAUCGAAGUAAUGCCAGAAGAAGUUUCGAGAAGAGUUCUAUCAUUGUUGUGUGAUUUGGAUGUCAAUAAUGUUCAUAUAAGUGCGUUGCAAUGUUUUUCAAAAUAUUUGGAGGAUAUGCCAAUUACAACAAAUGAAAAUGAUCAUACACCAAUCGAAGGGCAUAUUAUGCAGGUUUGAUUUUCAGUUAGCCCAGAGAAAAACAUUGUUUCCAAAAAAUAUUUUUUUUCAGACAAUGAAUGAUUGCAAAUUCCUUCUAUGGAAACUUAUUUUGUUCAACGAAGCUGAAGAUGUUGUCACAAAAUGUAUUGAAACAUUUUGCGAAAGAGAAGUUAUUUCGGUUGAUUCUCCAAAAUAUUUAAAAUUGAACACAUUGCAUUUUCUGUCGAUUUUUGCAUAUUAUAUGGAUCAAUUGAAAGCGUUAGUUUUUCGAUAAUUUUUUUGCCAUAUUUUUGAGAAAAUUAUUUUUAUAGUGAAUUGUUCAAACGAGCUGGAAAACCAAAUCCGCCAUCUACUUAUGAUAAAAAAGAAAUUGAUAUCAAUGAUGAAGAAGUUAAACAAUAUGAAAUUCCAUUAGAUGAAAAAUUGACAGAAACUGUUUCACGAGCAAUUGAUCGACUCAUUCGAUUUUUGACAAGAUUUAUCGAACAUGGAAAUGAGAAAAAUAAUGUAAAUUUUUCAAUUCUGAAAUGUUUUUUUUUCAAUAUUCAAUUUGCAGAUGAUUCGACAAUUUCCAAGUCAUUCUUCCUCAAUUUCCGGUCAUACUGUGACCAUUUCAAUUGAAUUGAAAUCAGAUGAAGAAGGUGCUGCUGAUUUAUCGAGUUGGAAAAGAAUGGUUUGUGAUUCGAGUUCAACAAUUGGAGAAUUGAAAAUCAGAUUGGCAAAGCGCUUAUAUUUUCAUGAGACAAUUUGUGAUUUUUCUGUGCAUCGUAGAGAAGACGAUUUGACAAUGCAAGAAACACCAUUGAAAUAUGAUUAUAUGACAUUGCAAGCUGCGAAAUUGGCUUCUGAAACUGAUUCGAUUUUUCUAUCAGAGAAGAUUCGUAUUUUGGUUAAGCAAAGGUAAGUUCUGAUUUGCUUUCUGUAAUCAUUUAUUGAAAAUUUAGACGAACAACCAAUCGAAAAACAGAAAAAGCAAUUCAUGAGUUAUUUUUACCAGCGGCGAUUGUUUCAAACUGCAAUGUAAGUUUUCGUUUUCUAUUCAAAGGUUUUCAUAUAAUUUUGUUGUUUUUUUUUCAGUUUUAUGAUUUACUCCAUGAUUUAUCAUCGAUUGGAGAUAAACGCAUUAGAAGUUCGUGUAGAAAGUUGUUGUUAUUAUUGCCAACUCAACCAUCUUUGCUGAAAAAAUUGACUUAUGUGAGUUUUUUUUUAAACGGGUUUUCAUAACAAAAAUAUUGAAAAAAAGAAAAAAUCAAACUCAAAAAUGAAAACAAACAAUUUUUGAAAAUAAAAACCAAAAAAAAAUUUUUUCUCUUUUCAUUUUUUCAUCGUAAAAACCCAGUUUGUUUUCGAAAUGUAAACUGGAGUUUUGUUAGCUUAAACCUAACUUUUAUUAUUUUUCAGGAUAUUCAAAAUGAAUGCGAAUUAUCAGAACAAUGCGAAAAACUAUAUCAUGAAAUGAUUGAUUUGAAUGAUCCAUGUCGAAUGCUUUACUGUCUCGAAGCAAUUAGUUCGAUUAUUUGUUCAACCAAAUGUACUCCAACUUCUUGUGAUGAUGCAAAUGAGCUGGCAACGGCUUUGCUCAAAACAAAUGUUCUCAAAAAAUCUGAUGGAUGAUAUUUUGAAGACACCUCAUCGAAUUCCACUCAAUAAAUGCUCGCAAAAAGAUCGACAUUCGAUUUUCGAGAGAAUUGUUCAGAUUUUACGAGCAAUUUAUGUGGCAAGAAGUGGAAUGACAAAAACAAUUGCAAAUGAGAAACUUGUUCGAUUAGAUAUGCAAAAAACAGCUGAACAAUUAUCGAAAUGUCGUCAAGUACCUCGAUCAAUUGAUGAAUGUGUUGAUUUUAUUUUAGUUCGACAAGACACACUUCCUGAAGAUUUUGCAUAUGUUAUCAAAAGGAAUAACCCAAGUUUGCUAUUCAAUAAUACAGUUUAUUCAUUUGUUCUUAUGAGUCAAUUCGAUCUUCAAUCAUGGGACUCAAAUAGAAUUGUUGAAAUUGUUGGAACAUUAAGAGAUUUUGUAUGGAUUCAUGUUGCAACAGAAUGUGCUACUUCCAAAAAUGUUAUCACAAAAGAAACGAAAGACAAUGAAAAAGAUGCGAUAUUUGCAAGUCAAUUAAUUCAAUCAACAACAACUAUCAAAAAUGAUCGAUGGGAAGAUGAGGCGAAAUUAGUAAUUGUCAAAAAAGUAUUAUCCACAAUUCGACAUAUUGUUUGUGAAUGGGUAAAGUUGAAAGGACAAGAGGAAACAAAUAUUGUGGUACUUUUGUGUAAUAUGUUUAUGGCUUCUGAUUGGACUAGCUUUUUUGGAGAUGUUCUUGUUAAUUCAACUCAAGAAGGAUAUCGAAAAUAUGUUCAAGAAAUGUUGGUAAAAAUGACGAAGGAAAACAAUCAAAUUAUGUGUAUGGUAUUGAAAAUGCUGUUCGAUUUAUAUACAAAGUUACCACUCAAAAAAGAACAUACUGCUGAUUUGAGUAAGUUCAUUUUUUAAUCGAAUUUAUUUUUAAAUAAAUCUAAAAAUGGUUUAUUUCAGAUGAUCUUCAACGUCGCCAAAGAUUGAAUUGUGAUGGAUUGAUUCAAACAAUUUGUGAGAUAUUUCUCAAUGAAAAGAAUAUUUAUCGAAAAACUUUUCAACCAAGAGAAGAUGUUGAUUGGUCGAGAGUUGGAUAUUCUGCGAUCACAAUUGUUACCGAACAAAUCAAGAGUUUGAUGGAUUACAAUCCACGAUUCAGCACUUUGAGUUUUGAACUUCAAAAGACUGAAAUUUCGUAUGCAUCAGCAAAAAUGAAAUUGAUAACCUGUUUGUUGCCAUAUUGCACACAAGAACAAAUUGAAAAUAUAUCCACUGAUUUUUUGACAACUGUUAUCAAGAAGUUUUUGUUCCCCGAACAACCGGAUAUCAAAGAGUUUUUGUUUGAAGAAGAAAGUCGAAGAUGGGAAAAUUAUUGUCGAGAAUCGGCGAUUUGUGCUAUUAAUAUGUUCUGCGAAAGAAGUUAUAAAAAUAUGUAUCAUGUUUUUGCAUUGAUGGAACCGAUUUUGACUGCACACAAAACCUAUGAUUUCACUUACAGAGUUGGUUUUUUUUUUGCUGAAAUUUGAAAAAUAAAAAAAAAUGUUAAUUUUCAGCAAAUAACUCGAUCAAAAGCAUAUGAUCAAGUUGGUCUAAAAAAUGACGGUGGAACUUGUUAUAUGAAUGCAACAAUACAACAAUUAGUUCAUGUUCCUGGAUUGGCUCAAAAAUUGAUAUCUUUCAAAAACAUUGAUCCCUCUUUGAAAUGGGAUGAAAAUAGAGCUGCUCUUCUUGUUGAACUUCAAAAAGUGUUUGCUCAAUUAACAUUUUCAAGAGCUCAAGCUUGUGUUCCAUCUGGAUUAUGGAGAGAAUUUCGAUUUGAACCCGAUGUUCCUUUGAAUACAAAACAACAUCACGAUGCUAUUGAUUUUUAUAGUAUUUUGUUAGAUCGAUGUGACAAUGUUAUCAAGGUAAGCUUUUAUUUCAUUUUAAAAAUGGAGCUAGAAAUCUCUCAAAAUUAUAACAUAUUCACAGCUAAUUCUAUAAAUAAAAUUUUCCAGAAACUCGAACUUCCUCCACUUUUUCCAAGACAAAUUUUUCGGAAAAUACAGUUACGAAAAAAUCUGUUAUGGUUGUUGGCAUCGCUAUAAAAGUCCAGAUGAAGAAUUCAAUUGUAUUUCAUUGGCUUUGAACGGUGAUAAUUUGGAAGAAGCAUUUGAAAACUUUUUGGAAGCUCAUGUUAUGGAAGGAGAAAAUGCAUAUCAUUGUGAAAAAUGCGAUGAAAAGAAAACAACUUUGAAUCGAACAUCAUUUUUGGAACUUCCGACAACAAUGACAAUUCAAUUGAAACGAUUCACUUAUGAUAUGGUUAAUAAUGUGAUCAAAAAAGAUAAUCAAUUCUUUAAGUUUCCAUUUGAAAUUGAUAUGUUACCGUAUAUGACGUCAUCAAGACACGUGGCUGAUGAACAUGUACAAGACUUAUUUGAUGAUAUGUUAUAUGUGGAAAAUGAGCUACCAACAACACCGCCUCGUAAGUUACUUAUUUUAUUCAGACAAACUGAUAUUUCACUGUUUUAAAUUUGUAGAUAAAAAUGAAAAAGGUGAAAAACAUCCAGCAAUGGAACCGUCUUCGGCAAGUCUUCCUGCAAAUGAGUCACCACAAAAGAAACUUUUCCGUCGUCAUCGAUCUUCAACUCUUCGAUUAUCACAAUCAUUUGCUUCGUCUUCAAUUGAUUUAGCUCCACCUCCACCACCGAAACCAAUAAUUUAUGAACUUGUUGGUGUUCUAGCACAUUCUGGAAUAGCAACAGCUGGACAUUAUUAUUCAUUUGUAAAAGAAAGAAGAGAAGAAAUGAGAGAUUCGCCAUCUUAUGGAAAAUGGUAUCAUAUGAAUGAUGCGCUUGCUACACCAAUGAAUUUAUCAACUAUUUCCGAAACUUGGUUUGGUGGAAACUUUUCUUCAGAUACAAGUGAGUUUUUUUUUUGAGAGAAGGAAUCACAGUAAAAUGAAAAUGGGCUAACUUUAACAUGUUAUCUUGCAGUCCCAGUUAUAUAGAAAAUUUAGAAAUGUUUCAUUCGGUAAAAUCUCGCCCGACUCAGUACUUGACAGUUUUUAGUUUUUAUUUAUUUCUAAAUUAUUUUCAGAUACAAAUGAUGAACGUAUACGACAUUGGAAUGCUUAUGUAUUGUAUUAUGAGAAAAAAGUUGAAAAUAAAGAAGUUGUUCCUAUGGAAGUUGAGUAUCAAAAAGUCACAUUUGAUAUGUAAGAAAUAUUUGUUUUUUUUUAAAUCUAAAUGCUUUUCUUUUUUAGUACUGAUGAAUCACCAGUUAUUCCAACUUCGCCGAAAAAAGAAAUAUCAGAGGCACGAAAAUUGCGAAUGAAAAUGUUUGAUGAUUUGGAUGAAAGAUUGAAAUAUUUUUUGAAUGAGGAUAAUUGUCGAUUUUUGAGUGAUCGAGAUUUCUUCUCUUUUGAUUUAUAUCAUAUUUAUGUGAAUUCAUGUCUCCAAUUAUUGAAACGAGAUGAUGCGGUUGAAUAUAAUGUGGAUGAACUCAGUAAGAGUAUGUUCCAUAAGAUUGCGUUCAUGGUAAGAUUUAUCAAAAAAUAUUUUGGAAAACAUAGAUGUGUGUUUUUAGAAUUGUUUCAUUUAUAUUUCAAAAAUGGCUUGGCAAUUGUUCGAGGAUAUUAGACCAAAAGCAUUCCCAAAAAACACAAUUGAAUUGCUCAAAUUAUUAAUGGCUGGAAAUAGUGAUAACAAAAUGAUUUUUAUGUCAUCUUUGGAAGGAAAUGAUAUGGAUGUGAGUUAUAUUUGAAACACACUUUUAAUAUGUAAUUUAAAUUCGUUUUUUAGCUGAUGAAUAGAUUGAUUGAUCAAAGCGAACAGGAUAUCAGACAUGCAUUUUGGAGUUGUUUGAAAUAUGCAAUGAAAUCGUGGUGUUAUGCAAUGGGAAAUUCACCGAAUAAUUCGACUUCAGAUGGAUUGAAAUUUGAACCAAGUCCUGAUUCAACUGAUCUUGAAGAUGAUGAAGAAGAUGAAGACGAAGAAGAUGAAGAAGAGGAAGAUGAAGAUUUGGAUGAUGAAGAUACUGAAUCAGAAAAUGAUAUAAAUCGAAUUGGAUCUGGUGAUGCAAUGAUUACAACAAGAAGAUUGGUUUCGACUCCAACACAACAACAUGCAAUGGAAAUAGCCAAAUUGAAAGCAGUUGUGAAUUCUCAAAAAAAUGUUUUGGAAAAUCAAAAAUCGCCUGUUGAAGGAGCAACUGCUGAUAUGGGAGAUUUUAUGCCAUAUAGAAUGUUUGAUAAUUCGAAUUUGACACAAAAGAAUAUUAUAAGAAGAGCUUGUGUUGUAUUACAGUAAGUUUUUUUGAGAAAAAAUCGAGUGUGACAAAUAAAAGGAGCUUUUGUUUCAGAAUGAAUCGAUUAGAAAGUAGUAAUCGUCAUUUUGCUCGCCACGCUGUCGAUUUUCUCUUGGCAAUUGCUCGCGCAAAUUCAUUUGGAAAUACUCUUCUUCUAACUUGUGGUGCUCUUCCAUGUGUAACUGAUUUUAUGUUCGAAGAUCAUCAAAAUAUUUUUACACAUCUUCGUUUCGCUGAUACUCGUCUUCGACAAAUCAGUUUAUGGCCGAGUUUACCAUCUUUAUAUUUCGAAUUGUUACAUGCACAUUUGGAUAGAUUACAAGCAUCAUAUUUGGAUAAUCAUAUGUCGCCAUGUCAUAUUUUGUGAGUUUUUGGAAAUUGAAAAGUUGAACGCGGAAAUUUGAUGUUUAAAAUCUAUAUUUUUGUAUUACAGAGAUAUGCUCCAAUUAUAUUGUUCAGCUCGAGAUGAUAUGAGCAAUACUGAUAAAAAAUUGACAUGCGAAAAUGUUGGAAAAUUCUGGAGUACUCGAAUCGUCGAUUGUUUCACAACACAAAUCUCAUCACUCGAUGUUCCUGAAUCACAAGAUCGAUGUAAUGAAUAUGUUUCACAAGUUGUUUAUACUGGAUUGAAAGAAAUGUGUGUUUCUGGAUCAUUUCAAGAAGAACAAUGGUCAAAUGUUGUUUUCUUCUAUGUUCAUGUAUGUUUUUUUCAAAUAAUAUUUAUAUCAGACUAUAAAACAGGUUUCAAUUUUGUAGAUCGCUCAUAAUUUAUAUGAUUUUGGAAAUGUUCGUGUUGCUGUCAAAAUCAUCAAAGAACUUUUGCAUGUUGAUUCGAUGGGAGAACAAAGUGUUCAAGGUGGAAUUUUGCUUGAAAUAAUGAAAUGGACGAGAUUUGAUCCAACAAGAGCCAAGAAAAUGUAUGAUGCGCUUUAUUGGCUCCGUUUAAUUGACAAACCGCCAUUUGUUCGAGCCCUUCGAAUUCUCAAUCGAAAAUAUCAAAACUAUAUUUAUCCGGGAUUGAUCAAUAAUAUUGAUUCGGCUAAUCCGGAUGAACAAAUGGAUGAGGAUGAAGAAAUUGAAGAAGGAGAAGAGCAAGAAGAAAAUGAGAUUUUAGAAAAUAUUAGAUUAUCAAAUCAAGAUGAUAGUAUUGAUUUGAUGAUUGGACCACAGCCACUUAAAAGAUCUUGGAAUAGUACUGAUUUGACGUAAGUUGAAAAUGACAGGGGAUUUUUCAUUUUCAAAGAAAUGUUUUGAAUUAAAUUCUCCUUUUGUUUUCAGAACCUAUUUUUCACAAAAACAUAAAUUACGAAAUCCUUUCAAAUACUUGUUUCAAAUGUUUCCAUGGAAAUUAAAUUUGUUUUUUUUCAGAAAUUCGGCUGGAGAUGUUCCAAUAGCAACCGCUCGUGUCACAGGAACCCGCGAAAUAAAUCUAGCGGAUCACCUUGAAGUGUCUGAAAAUAUAGACAAAAAAUCCGGUUAGAAAUAAUUUUAUUCCCCGUGCGUUUUUAUAAUUUAAUCCCGAUCUCCUAUUUAUCUAUUUAUCACUUUAUUUUUAUUUUUCAUCAUUUUAAUUUAAUUUUUAAUUAUUAUGUGUAAAUAUUAUAUCAAAUAGUACAUAUCAUUGGGCGCCUCGUCACCCAAUACAUAAUUUAUCAAUCAAUUGUUGGAAUUGUUUUCCACGUUGUCUUCUUUUUCAUAUGCUCUUUCUUUCCUUUUUUGUGUUUUUUUAUUGCGAUCGUUAGAACAUUUUGUAGUAUACCUGGAUAGGAAAGAAGUUAGGUAUUAUGUUUUAGCCGAAUUCUUUGCCAGCUUUAUCUUUCGUCUUCCUUCAUUUUUUUCGUAUUUUUUUUCACAUUUUUUGUUUGUAAAUAUACUUUUCAAAAACGUUCAUUUUUGCUAUUUUUCAAAAGGUUUUCAAAAACCGUUUUCACAUAUUUUCCUAUAAUCUCAUUUCGAAAAAUCUCAGAAAAUUGGUUGAAUUUACAGACAGAUAUGAUAGAUAUAGGACGAAUUUGUGGAGCAGCAGUUCGAGCUGUUUAUUGGCUGGUAAUGUUGGUGUGCAAUUUUCUAGGCUAUUCGCCACUUUGGGCACAAAUUGCAAUGAAAAAGAAGAAAUUAGAAUAUGACCGAGUCAGGAUACCUAAUCAUUUGGCUGUUUUAUUCACUGAAAAACGAUUGAUCAAAACGGUGAGAUUUCAAGAUUUUUAGCAAAUCAAUCAUGGAGAUAAUUUUUUUCAAUAAAGUUAAUUUUUGUAUGGCGAAAUCCUACUCAAAAUUCAAAUUUUCUCUUUAAAUUUUCCAUUUUUUCAGAAAGAAAUUAUUGAAUUUCUAACAUCUUGUUGUUCUCUCGGAAUUCGAAAUUUAAGUUUAUAUGAUCCAUUUGAUGAUUUGAUUAAUCGGAAGUCUGAAAUGGAAAUUGUUUGUAGAAACUUGGUUCGUUUUUAUACCUCUUCUCCGAAAUCCGAAAAUAUUUUAUUUGCAGCAUUUGGAUUUGAUAAUAGAUGGAAAUAUAAUUAGCGAAAGUUAUUGCUCGAAAAUGUCAGUGCAUUUAUUAUCGAAAAAUAUGGGAAAACCGACACUAGUUGAAGUUUGUAAAAUUGUGAGUUAUUUUUUUUUUAAUUAAAAAAACAAGGAAAAAAUUUUCAGCUUGCCGAAGAUAAAAGUCCAGUAACUGUGGAAAAAAUUGGUCAUAUUUUAGAGACAAAAUAUCGAUUAACAGAUCCGGAAUUUCUACUGCAGGUGAUUUAGAAUUUUUGAAAUUUUGUGAAAAAUCAUUAUUUUUUCAGAUUGGAAAUGUUCCUUCAUUAUGUGGAUAUCCACCAUGGUCAUUACGAAUUACUGAAUUUCUACAGUAUCCAAGACUGCCUUAUUCGAAAUGUGCACUCGAUUAUUGCAUUGAACAAUUCAGCCAAAGAGAUAUUAGAAUUGGAAAAUAG